UUCAAUGAUAAUUCCCUAACCAUUGAAUGACAAUUGACCGGCAAAAUCAUGUCAGCCGUUGUCAAUACCAUAAGACUACAACCACUUAAAGAGUAUCUCAAGAAACGAUUUAUAGCCGUAUCUGACCAAUGGUUGACCACUGUGUUGACCGCAAACACGGAUGUGACCAACGAAAUGGUAUAUCAACAGUGGCUGAACACCGAUAUUGGCCAAACCAGUCCCGUGUCACAGUUACCCACCGAUUGUAGUCAAAUAAAACUGGAUAAUUCAAACCGAAAACCAGUUAAGAUGACAAUCAAUAACAAAUAUGCUGUCCAAAUCAACUCGAUUGAAGACAUUAGUCGACCGAAAAUUUUAUCAGAAACAGACGCUUUGGAUGACGAUCUGAGUUCGGAAAACUCUGAUGAAGACUCGGAAAAUCGGUCGUCGACUAUGUUUAAGCGUCAAAAAGCUAAACCAAAGAAAGUGAUGACCAAAAAAGGUGCCCGAGUUUUGUCAAUGAUACUGAGCGACGGCAUCACUCAGUGUAAAGCCAUUGAAUACAAGCCGAUCGACAGUCUGUCCAUUGCGACGCCCGUCGGCUCAAAACUGUUACUUUCGGGUCCUAUUGAUAUCUACUCAGCUGUUAUGCUACUCAACUCGAAACAUGUGACCGUUUUGGGCGGUAGUAUACCAAUACCUGAUCGGACAACGAACCGCCGGUAGUAGUAGUAGUCAUAGUGACUCAUACUGUGUGUGUGUGUGUAAGACAGUGACACCGGCAUUAAGUUAUUACACCCACACAUCCGAUAUUCAUUGAUAUCUUGUUUAAGGGGUGCCAUCAC